AUCCUCUACGACUUCGAGGCCAUCAAGGCAAAUGUGACCAGCGACCUCGCGUCCAAGGGGGAGCAGCUGCUUUCAAAGGGCAAGGAGCUGGACAGGAAGCAGGAUCAGAUUGACGCGCACAUCAGGGACUGCCUGGCACAGGUCAAAGAGCAGCAAAGCAAGGACCUGGCGAAACAGGCGGAGGCGGUGGACAAGAAGCUCGCGGACUCGCUCGGCGUGGUCGGCGAGUGCAGCAGGGCCGCGGCCAAGAACGCCCAGGACAUCGCCAAG